AAAAAACCGGGGGAGAAGCAUAUAGCACACGCGGAACACGGGAGCGGUGGAAGCAAACAACUGAAAUUCCCCAGUCCGGUUCCUUCCGUGCGAUUUGAUCUCGUCGGAGGCGCGGCCGCGGUUCCCCCAAUCCGCCAUCGAAUUCGAUGGCGGCCAACGCCGGCAACAAGAUCCGCAACGCCAAGCUGGUUCUUCUUGGAGAUGUGGGCGCUGGCAAAUCUAGUUUGGUUCUUCGGUUUGUGAAAGGACAGUUUGUCGAAUUCCAGGAAUCAACAAUUGGAGCAGCUUUCUUCUCCCAGACCUUGGCGGUCAAUGAUGAGACUGUUAAGUUUGAAAUCUGGGAUACUGCUGGGCAGGAGAGGUACCAUAGCUUGGCCCCCAUGUACUAUAGGGGUGCUGCUGCUGCCAUCAUUGUCUAUGACAUCACGAAUCCGGCCUCCUUCACUCGUGCGAAGAAAUGGGUCCAAGAACUUCAAGCUCAAGGAAACCCGAAUACAAUAGUGGCUCUUGCUGGCAACAAAGCUGAUAUGCUAGACGCAAGGCAGGUGCCAGCAGAGGAAGCAAAAACGUAUGCACAGGAGAAUGGACUUUUCUUCAUGGAGACAUCUGCCAAAACUGCAAUCAAUGUGAAUGACAUAUUUUAUGAGAUCGCAAAGAGACUGCUUCAAGGGCAACAGGAUCCAAGCCCACAGGCUGGAAUGGUUCUGAACCAGAGACCAAAUGAGAGAAUGGUCAGCAGUUCUUCAUGCUGCUCUUGAAUCUGUGUUUCAACCUCAUGCUGCCAUUGUGAAAUGUACCGGAGGAAGUUAAACAAAACAUCCCAGUCUUCUGUGUGGCUGCAUUCCAGCCUGAUAAUGCUCCAGCUUCCCUCUUCUUUCUUCUCAUGUGUUUGUCAUGUAAAUGUCAAUACUAGAAUAUCACUGCACGGAUAGUGUUACUGAAGUGUUGAUUGUGCUCUUAUCAUAUGAUUGCGCCCACUCCUUCCAGAUUUGCAUA